AUGGCGGAUUCCCGGCGCGGGUGUGGGCGCCGCAGGGUGGACUCCCCGGGGAUCUGGGGAGCGACGUCAGGACAGUGGAGCCUACGGGCGCCCAAAGCUGGGGUGGGGUGUCUGAUUUCGUUUGCAGUUAAACCUUUCAGUGAAAAAGCAUACAGAAUCAUGGGCUCACCUUCUCGAGAAAAAUCUCAGGAUUACAAAGUUGAAGGCUUGUGCGCAAAAAACGCGCCUCGUGCAAACCUUUCUCCACCAUCUCGCUCUCUUCCAAUAUUCUCAGAGCACAAAGCACUUCGAAGCCUUGAUGCAGACUCUCUGAACGCGGCCCAGAGCGUGGGGAAUGCGCGAGGGUGUUCAGACCACUCGCUUAGCUCACACAGCAGCGCUCCCCGGUCUCGCACCUGGAGCCUCGGCCUGACGUAUGUCCUGGGCUGGUGGCCAGCUAGGCUCCGGGGCUGCGCCGCGCUCCGUACAGGAGCCAAGAGCCAGCAGGCCCCCUUCCUAUACCCUCCUGGCCCAGCCCCAAGGUGCCCGCGCGUGCCCGUCUUUGGGGCCGCCUCUGUAGCCCUGUCUCUCCGCCGAGGCCCAUCUUCUGUCCUUCCCUUCCAGGCCCGAGUCCCCCGGCUCCAGUGCAGACCCGCGAUCCCUCCGCUUCCUGCAGACGCCGCGGCGCACGCUCCCACCGCUCCCUCCCCCCGCGCUCGGGUUACAGCAGCCGCGUGGACGCCCGAGUGCGUGGCCUGGUGUCCGCACCGGGAGGGAUAUGUAUUUGGCGAGGAAUGCAGACCUCAGUACCCAGGAAGCGCGGGCCGGUGGCCUCCAGAGCCGCCCCCGGAACAGGCUGCCGCUCCCCACCAGCUGCUGGGGCCUCGGAGCCCCUCCCUGCGUGCAGAGAAGCGACGGGAAAACUUUGGGAGAAACUUUGCCAACUUUACUCUCGGUGAGGGAGAGGCCCCUGGAAUGGCCAGGCCAGAGGCUGGCCGCGACGGGCGGGGUGGGCCCCCAGCCAGGCCCGGGCACCCGCAGCGGGCCGGGCCGCCCGAGGAGGGGCGCAAGGCCGGCCGGCAGACCCCUGGCUUCCACUCCUCCCCUGCGCCUCCCACAACUGGCCCGCGUCCCUGGGUCUCCAAGUAGCCAUUGAGCGAAGCGCUCAGAAGGGCCUGGAUGGGGAAACCUGGCCCUCGGUGCGAGGGAUGGUAUUUUUUUUUACCUCUCCGGGAUCAUCCUUUUCCACCUGACCCGAGCUGUUUCACUCCCUCCCUGUCUUUUGCUUUUCUCUAUCCGUCUGUGUUCCCAUUUUCUACUGUAUUUGAUUUCUGGGUCCCUGAUUUUUCUUCUCUUCCUUCCGUUCCCUCUUUCGCUGUUUUCUUUUUUCCUCUGGACCACUUUACAGCUCACUUUUCUCAGUUUUGCUCCCUCCCUCUUUCCUUAUUUUAUGUCUCUUUUUUUCCCCUCUCCCUGACUCUCCGUGUUGCUCUUCCUCGCCCUCGUUUCUCAUUCUUUCUUUCCUCCCUCUCUUUCAUCCUAAUUUAUUAUCCACGACGAUUUCUUGGUCAGUCUCUCAGGUUCUCCUCUCCGCGCUUAUUUCCUCUGCUUGCUCUUCCUCUCCAGGUUCUGUCCCCUCCCCCUAGUGGAUCUGCCUUCCCGGAGGCGCCCCCUCCUCAUCCAUCUUGGGAGAUGAAUAUGUCCCUUUAUUGGAUGCUGAGGCCAGAGCCGGGCGAUGGGGCUCGGCCAGCCUAGCGCAUUUUCUUCAUGCAUAUUGACAAGAUGGUAAUGAGCACGUUUGCAUUGUUGCAUGGAGAUGCUGCGUUUCCUGCCGAAGUUGCAGUUCGGAACCGGCGAGGGUGGCCCGGGCUCAAGAGUGCCCGAAGUGGGCAGCCGGCUUGGUGGCCGCAGCUGGCUCUCAGCGGGGUUCAUGGCGCUCGGGGCUUGGGGAAGGAAGUGACUUCGCAGAGCGACGGUCCCGCCGCCGCCUCCUUGGGCUUCUUCACAAAGGCCGGCUGCUCUCCUCUCAUUAAAGCCUCGUUAGGGGAACCCCCGCCUGGCUCGCGACAGUUCCUUUGGCGCCCCCAGCCCACGGGCCUCGGAGCCCCCUGCCCUGGUGUAUCGAGGCCUGUGAUAGAGCGCCACCAGGAAAUUAGCGCCUGACAACGUCGUCUAAUGGCAAUAAAUUGUUUGCGAUUCCGAGAGUCUCGGGAUCAAACAGCCCCAUUGUGUAGGGUGCCCCGCUCACUCCUCGUUAAUCUUGGAGCCAGCAGUGGCUGUGCUUGGUGGGGGAAAGUUGCGGGCAGGCCCCUGGGCUGUGUCCCGAGUCCGAUUCUGCCUGGGCUUAGCGGACCUUAGAGGACCCAGUCCUUCUAGGCCCUCCGGGGAAGAUCUGCAAAGCUCAGGACCCAGGAGCCAGGCACACCUCAGGAGAGGUGAGAGGUGAGGGUUUCUGAAAGUCAGGAGCUCUGCAGGAGCAAACUCUUGAGUUGGGUUGGGAGCGAAUGGACAUACUCCUUGCUGGGAAACCAGAAGUGCAAGGGCCUGGAACCCUCCUUCUAGACACAGUGAGUAGGGAACCUCUGGCCGUUAAAUAUUUGCAUAAAUCCCCAUCUUCUCUCCCCCCCCCCGCCCCUUUCUCUUCCAACUUCAUACUGGGAAAGUUGAGAGCUCUUGGUUUAAAAGUAAAAAUGUCAAGACCUGGACUUGCCUGGAAUUGUGUAAAGAGUCCCCAGAACUUCAAAACCUCUGGUACCCCCUCUACUAUUAUUUGCUUAAAGCUUCUCCUUAGAUUGACUUAUUUAAAAUAACUAGAUCCAUGUUUUUGGACAGAAAACUUAAUACUACCUCUGUAAAUUAAAGUGCUAUUUCUCACCAUAAAAGGACAUUUUAAAAGAUAAACACAGCUAAUACCAACCAAGAAAUGCUAAUAUGUUUUAUCCAUGUAGCUUGCUUGGAAACGACUUCUAGAGGUCUGAUUGUGUGUGCACGCGCAUGCGUGUGUAUUAGCAAGUGUUGGGAGUGUCAAAUACUGUAUCUUUCUAGAAGAAAUGAGAAAAUUGAAAAAGGAAUGUUUCUCACUAUUCAAUAAUGUUAAUUCAUUCUCUUUCCACACCAUCUAAAAUUAUUCGAGGACCUUAACAGCU